CUUGGUUCUCUCUCCCUGUCUGUCUCUAACAACCAUUUUCUCCAUUGUUUAGCACUCUUCAAAUUGUUCGCUUUUGCUCCUUGUCAAGUUGUACGCAUCUUCUUUAAUUUUCUCUGCUUUUGUUUCGGUUUUUUCAUCCAUCCCAUCGAGAAUUUAUCUAUUCAUUCAACGAUGAGCCCUGUAGAUUUUCAUGCACGUCCUCCCAGGAGAGAUCUGAUGAUCAACGGCCUCCGUCCUUCCCCAUUGAAGAUCAACAAAAACUCUCAUUUCAUUCAAAAAUCUUCUGGUUUGGUGGUGUCUCAGGCUGCGGCUGCCCCUCUCAAGCACCAGCAGCAGCAGCAGCAGCGACAGGGUCCAGUCAUCAUUUACACUCAUUCGCCUAAGAUUAUCCACACGCAGGCUCGGGACUUCAUGGCAUUGGUGCAAAAGCUUACAGGGUUUUCAAGGUCUGAUGAGGUUACUAAAACUGCGCCAUCAAAACUACGGAAGGACAAAGCCAAGGGUAAUUCUAUUUCAUCCUUGGAAGGAAAUAUCAGUAUGGAGCUUGCUCGUAAUAGACAGGAAGAUAACGACUCAUCUUCCGCUCUUACAGAUGAAAACGGUGGUUUUGGUGUUGGUGGUGAUGAUGUUAACAAUGUCAGUUUGUCUUCUGUUCCGCCAAUUACCAGUCCUCCAAAUCCGUUUUUUGCUGAUAUAGGUCUCUUCACCCCGAAUUCGGUAGAUUUCUUCUGCUCUCCGAGGCCGGUUUAUAAGUUUGCUGACAAUGAAAUUGUGUCCCCAGCCUUGGGUUUGAACUCACCUUCUCUGCUAGAAUUUAUGAAAGGGCUUCCAGAUUACUGAAAGGUGUGAAGGAAUUGGGGUACUUGAAGUAGAGAGUUCUAGCUUUAGUUUCUUCUCUUUGCAAAUAAUGGUCAAUUGUUUCAUGUUCAUAGUUUUUCAUUUUUUUCUUACGGUUCUUUGGUUCAUUCUUACUUUGUAAUUUACUGUUUAAAUCUUAGUUGGAUUGAUCAGCUAGAGACCAUCGUCAGAUAUCAACUGUCAAUUAGAAGCUGGUGUGGUUAUUUA